AUUUUUUAUAAUUCAUCAAAAAUUUUAUUUACCACAAUUAUAAUUAUUGGAACAUUAAUUACAGUUACAUCUAAUUCUUGGUUAGGAGCUUGAAUAGGUUUAGAAAUUAAUUUGUUAUCUUUUAUCCCCCUAUUAAGAGAUAAUAAUAAUUUAAUAUCUACAGAAGCUUCUUUAAAAUAUUUUUUAACCCAAGCUUUGGCAUCAACUGUUUUAUUAUUUUCUUCAAUUUUACUUAUAUUGGCAAAUAAUUUAAAUAAUGAAAUUAAUGAAUCUUUUACAUCAAUAAUUAUUAUAUCGGCCUUAUUAUUAAAAAGAGGAGCCGCUCCUUUUCAUUUUUGAUUUCCUAAUAUAAUAGAAGGAUUAACAUGAAUAAAUGCUUUGAUAUUAAUAACUUGACAAAAAAUUGCUCCAUUAAUAUUAAUUUCUUAUUUAAAUAUUAAAAAUUUAUUAUUAAUUAGUGUAAUUUUAUCAGUUAUUAUUGGAGCAAUUGGAGGUUUAAACCAAACUUCACUCCGAAAAUUAAUAGCAUUUUCUUCUAUUAAUCAUUUAGGAUGAAUAUUAAGAUCUUUAAUGAUUAGAGAAUCAAUUUGAUUAAUUUAUUUUAUUUUUUAUUCAUUCUUAUCUUUUGUAUUAACAUUUAUAUUUAAUAUUUUUAAAUUAUUUCAUUUAAAUCAAUUAUUUUCUUGAUUUGUAAACAGAAAAAUUUUAAAAUUUUCAUUAUUUAUAAAUUUUUUAUCUUUAGGUGGAUUACCUCCAUUUUUAGGAUUUUUACCAAAAUGAUUAGUAAUUCAACAAUUAACAAUAUGUAAUCAAUAUUUUUUAUUAACAUUAAUAAUAAUAUCAACUUUAAUUACAUUAUUUUUUUAUUUACGAAUUUGUUACUCAGCUUUUAUAUUAAAUUAUUUCGAAAAUAACUGAAUCAUGGAAAUAAAUAUAAAUAGUAAUAAUACUAAUUUAUAUUUAAUUAUAACUUUUUUUUCAAUUUUCGGAUUAUUUUUAAUUUCUUUAUUUUUUUUUAUACUUU